AUGAAUAAACCUUCAAUACCAACCAAGAUUUAUAAGACCAUUUCCUCUCUAUGGAGAGGUGACUGUUACCAAGCAGUGGAAAUUUGGGUAGAAGAACCUAGUUUAUUAGAUAUGGCAGUUUAUGAAGAGUAUGAGAUAUAUCAUGAGUCUCUUUUGAGGAAAAUAUGGAGAUUUAAUAGAAUGUUUCUUCCUGUAAGGUACUAUUCCACAAUUCCUUUUAAGGUCUUGUUCAGGUUAAUCAAUACCAUCGCUAUGCCAAUCAGAAGUCUUUGGGUAAUUUGUACUCAGCCAUUCAUAUCAAUUAAGAGAAUAUCACGAGCUAGUCAUGAUACAGUUCCAGGAAAGGUCGAUGUUGAUAAUAUGUUCCCUGUGGAGAUUUUGGAACUUAUUGCAAAAUAUGGUGAUCUAAAUCCCUUGGAUAUGAUGAUGAUAAAUAAACCAUUAUUAUGUAUAUUUGCUCCAAGGGUCUAUGAUACUUUACACUUAACAAUUGUUAUUAGUAUAUUGAGAAAAAUGAAAUUAAACGAUGAAUGUUUUUUGAAACAUGGACCUGAUAAUUUUGAUAAAACUUUUAGGAGACCUAUAGAUUCAUACUCAAUUUAUGAAAGAAAUAAAAAAAGUAAGCACUUUGAUUAUGAGUUUUUGAAUACUGAUAUUUUGGAUAGCUGGAAGGGAAAGGGUAUUCAAAUAAACAGUGAACAUAUUCAUUGUCAUCCACAAGCACCAAACUCAUAUGAUCGAAAUAAUAACCCUAUGCAGGUUAGAAGUUAUGAGAAAAUUAAACAUAUCUUGAAACAUACUAUACAAAACCCUAAAUCAAUUAUGAAAAAAUUUAUAAGUGAAGUAUUGAUAGACAUUUGUAUCUUGGAUGGAUAUGAUAAGCUUUUCAACGAGGCCUCGAGCUCUGACACAAAUCCAGAAUCGUCAAAAUCAACAUCACAGUUGAUUGAAGAAGUGGAAUCAGAGAAUCAGAACUGUUCGGUUUAUUUUUCUGAAAGUUCAACUGCUCUUAGAAUUGCCGGUAUUCCAUUUGAUGAUAACUUUAAUCGAGAAAGAUGGAGAUACUUACAAGAGUUCAAAGCGAGACAUCAUAAAUUUGCCUUUAAUGCACUCAAUAGAGCUAAGCCAUUGUAUGAUAUUUAUCCUAACGUGGUUUAUUUCAAGGAAUUGAUACCCGUUUUCUUACUUUCGGAGAAAAUUUAUUCACAUAAGUUAAGAAGACGGUUAUUCAACAUUCAAGACUCUCAAAGCUUCAUUCAUGAUGCUAAUCCAUUGAAGCAUUGGGGCUACACAAUUAUAAAAACAUUUAGAGGAAAUUUUUCAGAAAAGGAACGUUUAUUUAAGUUGUUUAUUAGUGGACAAAUAUCAGUGGAUGUACAAUCCCGCAAGUUUGAAACGAAAAAAGUUGUUAAUGGGUUUUUAAAUGACUUGAUUCAAGCAUUUACAACAGAUUCAAAUGGAUUGAAAGCAAAAACUUCAAUUUUAAUAAUGGGUAUAGACAAUUGUAAGCCUCAACUUACAGAAGAGUUCACAAGAAAUGCAUCAUAUUCAGAAGCAAGAGAUCAAGGGUCAUAUGUUAUUUACAAACCUUCAAUGGUACUUAUAAAUAAACAAGCUACAUAUUGA